AAUUGGGCGAUAACAGGUUCAGUGAAGGGGAAAGUUUUUACGCCGAUUACAUCCGUUGCAGUGCCGGCGGCUCCGCCCUCUCGUCCUUACACUCGAUCUUCCGGCACAACUUUUAUGCAUCUUAUGUAUAGCAGGAUCGAACAGUUACAGGAACCGGCACAGCUGCUGUAUCAAUUAGUCCUAGUGCUCCCGUGGCCACUCCGGAGGAAGUGAGUUUUUGCGAUUAAAUCCACAUUUACAGUGGAUAAAGUGUUUAUCUUCCGGAUGAGAGAAAACAGUCGCUGAGUCAGAGUACAGCGGGUAUAUUGGAAUUAAACGGCCGUGUACCGGCUAGGAACAAUAUUUGAUCUUGAUGCGGGAUUAGCUGGGGAUGGGUUUUUGCGGUGGUGGUGACAAGGUGGAAUUGAGCUUUUUCUUGUGCCCAUUCACAUCACCGGGAUCAGUUCCUUCUUUUCUCCCUCCGCCUUAAUGGCACUAAUGUGCACACUUCAAUCGGCUGACUUCCCUUGACAUCCACGCCAGCUCCCUUACACCCGGCUUUUUCGGCUGCUGUGUCAUCGGCAAUUGUUGAUGGAAUUUUAUCGGAAUUUGAGUGGCACAAUUCCAGAAUCUAUGGACGUUUUGCAAAGGAGUUUUCCAUUUUUAACCGCUAAAUAAUAGGAUUUAUCGCCCGCCUGAACGCCCCCAUAAUCCCUGGAUUAAAUCACUGUAUUCGAAUGGAAGACCUGACAAUCACUGAUCCAACAACCAACCUGACCCUGACCUUCUCCCCCUCCGAUGUCGCCUACAUCAGUCCGUCGUCCUUGUCAGUCUGGCUGGCGUUUUGCACCGCUCUCUGCACCUUCGGCACCCUGUCCUAUCUCAUUUUGUUGGCCAUUCUCUUCCGUCGACACAACGGCUGUAAAGGUGCCGGAGGAUUGCUAAUGGUCCAUUUGGUUAUCUUGGAGUUAAUCAAUAGUCUGGGAUAUCUGUCGUUCUUUACCGUGACGACUUAUGUCGCACAGAGCGGUGUCCGGCUUAAUCAUACGGCCUGCGCUAUUGGUCAGCUGCUGUUUCUGUCCACGGUGGUCGCCGGCAACUGGGUGGCGGUCGUGAUGGCUGUUAACCGGUUUGUGGCCAUUGUUUUUCCGUUGUGGUAUAAAGUGUGGUUGGAUAGUCCGCUGUGGAGUUGGGCGGUGGGAUUGUGCUGGUUUAUUGCGUUCGCGUGUUAUGUGCCGAUAUUUAUGGGGAUUGGUGGAGUAUUAGCAGCGAUACCUCCACUGGGGACGUGCGGUGUUUAUCCAUUUCCUGGUUGGCGAUACCACUUUUCAGUUCAAUUUGGAACACCGGUUCCGAUGUUUUUAAUCGGUAUUUUCUAUGGGCUUAUUUAUUUGAAGAUGGUUGUAAAAGUUGCUGAGAGACGAACCAGUCAAGCCAGCGUGAUAAAUUUCUCCCGUCGGGAAUCCACGAUUGAACGCCUGCUGAUGGUCAGGUACCGAACGGCUAAAAUGCUGUGUAUCUCCGCCAUAUGGCACUGCUUGUGCUUUGUCCCGCUUCCUAUCAUGGUCGAGUACGCACCGAUAUUCUACCGGGACCCUCUUGUGCAUCUCUGGAUAAGGACCAUUUUCUUCUGCGGAUACGCUUUUAAUCCGGUGAUUUUGUUCAUUAUGAAUGAACGCUAUCGGCAGUGUUUGAUGGAGAAGUUAUGGUGUUUUGGUACGGUGAGCAAAGGUAACCAAGACGAUCCUGACUCGCACAAACCUAUAACGGCACUGUAGAUCAUCCGAAGCCAAAGCUUCAUGUUGUCCGUCCCGGCCGCGGUUUUAUUCAAGCUAACUGAGUGUUACACUUACAUCUGCGAAAUUAAUCUGCCAACCUUUCACUGACCAUUUUUUUCUAAUUUCAAGAUCUUUUGUUUCCAUACUCCGCACACAAUGUGCACCUACCUGCGCCUUUCCUGCACGUAUAAAAGUCGGUGCAGCAUAUUAUUUUUUUAUUUUUUUGAAAGAUUUAACAUGUGUCAGAGUCCUUUCAAGUCAUGUUAUGAGCAGUGGUGCUCUUG